CCACUAAUUCACGACUGAGCUUAGAGAGUUAGAGGGGCCUACAUUUCUUCCACGACGGGGUUUGGGAGCGACUGUCGGUGGCAGUACAGCAUAUGCAAAAGCAUCUUCUUCGCCUUCUUCUCCUUCCCAAAUAUAAAUGCAAGGUGCUGAAAAUAGCAUUAAACCAACAAAAAAAACUUACAGCAGUUUCUGGUGUUCCCAGACUGGAGGAGGACCCACACCCCCUCACCCACCGCGUCGGUUAUCCUUAUCUCUCACGCCUUCUUUAUAAUUCUGGGUGCUCAAAGCUGUGAUCUUUAACCGAAGUAUCGAACCGUUGGAUAUUUCAGUUCGGGAUCUCACUUCUACCCAAUCCCUCUCAUUCGGAUCUGUCCAUUUCCGGGCUUCCUUUCUUUAUCUGUAAGUAGCAAAGCACCAUUUUGGGAUCGAGACCAAAUAUUUUAUGAGAUUGUGGUUGGCCUGAAGCUCAAAGUUGUGAUAUGAGUUGUACGGAAAGAGAAUGUGUGGUUGAUAUUGAGACUGAUGGGACUACAACUGGAGUAGGUAGUUCAUACAAAUGUGAAAAUGAGGGGGAGGUUUUGCCUCCUGGAAAGAUUGAAGGGACAAUGUUAGAGAAUACAAUGGAAAAGAAAGUAGAGAAAGAGAAAAGAAAGUCCAUAAGUGCCAAGAAGCCUCCCAAACCCCCUAGACCUCCAAGAGGGUUGUCAUUAGAUGCUGCUGACCAAAAGCUGAUCAAAGAAAUACACGAACUUGCGUUGAUCAAACGUGCAAGGAUUGACCGCAUGAAGGCCUUGAAGAAACUGAAAGCUGUAAAGGCAUCGUCCGUUUCAUCAGCAUUUAGUGGGAGUUUCUUCGCUAUGUUUUUCACCGUUGUGUUCUUCAUGGUGCUAAUCUUCCAAGGGAUGUCCUCAGGAAAUGGAUCCUCAAGCUUUCAUGAUUCUCCAGAGUCAGGUGUACCACAAGACCAAUCAAACCUAUCUCCUUCUAAUCCAUCAAUUUCAACCAAUUCUAGACAUCUGAUGUAGGUUCUUCAAACCGAACCCUCUCUGUUAAAAAUCUAAAAUGUCAACUAUUCCAAUAGAUUUCUCCUUGUUCUUUGGUAAAUAUGAAAUAACUGUAUUGAGCUACUACCAUUUACAGUAUAGGGGAGAACUUAGCCGGGGUGAUCCCCGCGUUUGGGUCGAAGAAGGCUUUAGGAUGAAAAGUGCAGAUGAAGAGUAGAAUAAUGCCAGUCUUCCCGCCUUCUUGAACAGCUUCAAUGGCUAUGAUGAUGCCCUUUGUACAGCUAAUAAGUAGUGGUAUUAUUGUUGUUGUUAUUAUUAGUGGUAGUAUUAUAAUUCAUUUUCUUAAGCUUUUCUUUUUAGUUUUUACUACAAUGAAUCAUUUAUUUAUUCACUAUAGAAGUAUUAGUAGUGACGAACUGGCUAUAUCCAUCAGAAUCUUUUUCUAACGUCGACACGAUCUGUUGAUUACUAAGUCAUUCUUUUUAGAUCAAUUUAUUUAUGGAGUUUGGUUCAGAAUUUCAGAUACUUUAUCAGUUGAAUGUUAGUUGAUUCGUG